CUAAAACUCAUCUGAACACACAUCGAGAGCUUCAGAAGAACUGAAUCUACUAACAACAGAGAAGAUCACUGAAGAAGAAAGAAGAAUGAAGAUCAUCUGGACUUUCACUCUGCUGAUGAUUCCUGGUGUGUUGAGCUCCAUCAGUGUGACAGGAUAUUCAGGAGGAGGAGUCAGCAUCACAUGCAGAUAUGAUAGAGGAUAUACAGACAAUAACAAGUAUUUUUGUCGAGGACAGUAUCCAGGAUGCCAAGACCUCAUCAAGAUGGAUAUUAAAAAUAAAUGGGUUGAUUCUGGAAGAUUCUCUCUGUAUGAUGACACAAGUGCAGCAGUUUUCACUGUGACCAUCAGAGAUCUGAGUGAACAGGAUUCUGGGAUUAUAUAUUAUUUAUAUAUGUAA